GGGUUAGUUGGUGGGUGACUUCUUGAAGAAAAUCUCGGAAAAGCAACUCGUGACUCGUGACUCAACCCUUUUAUCCUCUCCACUGGGUGGCGCUCGCAUGCACCACACAAAAUGGGUCAAGCUCCGUCUUCUCCGGCGGAUUCAACUACACGAGACACCGCUCUAUGGCUCUGGCCUCCGGAUUUCGUAGAUUGCGAUAUCACGGCAGAUCUCCCCGACGACUGCCUCGCUCACAUCUUCCAGUUCCUCACCGCUGGAGAUCGGAAACGAUGCUCUCUAGUAUCCAAACGUUGGCUACUCGUCGACGGUCAAAACCGCCACCGAUUAUCGCUGGCCGCCAAGGCGGAGAUCCUCCCUUUCUUGCCUUCCAUCUUCACCCGAUUCGAUUCCGUGACGAAGCUCGCUCUCCGAUGCGAUCGAAACUCCUUCAGCUUGAGCGACGAAGCUUUCGCCAUGGUCUCGACUCGCUGCUCGAAUCUGACGCGUGUCAAGCUCCGCGGCUGCCGCGAGAUCACGGAUCUAGGGAUGGAGUCGUUCGCGAGAAAUUGCAAGAGCCUGAAGAAGCUCUCGUGCGGCUCUUGUGAUUUUGGAGCGAGAGGGUUGAACGCUGUGCUGGAGCAUUGCAAGGUUCUUGAGGAGUUGUCUGUGAAGAGGAUACGAGGGAUCCACGAAACGGCGGAGGCGGUUAAGCUCCACUCAUCGUCUUCGCUGAGAUCUAUCUGCUUGAAGGAGCUUGUUAACGGUCAGGUGUUCGAGUCUUUAGUUGCGUCAAGAACGUUAAAGAAGCUGAGAAUCAUUCGUUGUUUAGGUAAUUGGGAUAAAGUUCUUCAAGUUAACGGCGAUGGUAACAGUUCUUUGACUGAGAUUCACUUGGAAAGGCUCCAAGUUAGUGACUUUGGGCUCUCUGCGAUAUCGAAAUGUCGAAAGUUGGAGACUUUGCACAUUGUGAAGACACCCGAAUGCUCGAAUUCAGGUCUGGUUUGUGUUGUGGAGAGAUGUAGAUUGCUUAGGAAGCUUCACAUUGAUGGGUGGAGGACUAAGAGGAUCGGUGAUGAAGGUCUGAUGGCUUUAUCUAUACACUGCUUGUUAUUGCAAGAGCUUGUGCUUAUUGGUGUUGACGCCACGCAUACCAGCUUGUCCCCUAUUGCUUCGAACUGUAAGAAGCUGGAACGGUUAGCUCUUUGUGGGAGUGGUGCGAUUGGAGAUGUAGAGAUGGCUUGCAUUGCGGAGAAGUGUGUGGCGCUGAGGAAGUUCUGCAUCAAGGGGUGUCCGAUUACGGAUGUUGGGAUCAAGGCGCUUGCUUUGGGCUGCCCUAAUCUGGUGAAACUGAAGGUGAAGAAGUGUAUAGUUGUUACAGGGGAUGUCAGGGAGUGGCUGCGUGAACGGCGGAGGACGUUGGUGGUGAGUAUGGAUGGAGAUGAGACCAAAGGUCCGGUCAUGGUAAGUGAGCAUGGCGGUAGAGGUCUUGAGACGGUGGUUGAGGAGGUGCUGACGCCCGUUGCUGAUGGCGGUGGGGAUGCAGAGCUUGCAGGUGCUGGUGGUGGUGGUAGGUUAGCUAUGUUGAAGACGAAGUUACUUGCAAGUAAGAACUUUGUGGCUUUCACACUAAGGAGAUGGUUGCAAAGUGAAGCUACUGGUUCUACUUGAUUCCGCUUCUGUAUUACCUCUUGUUUAUUUGUAUGAUCUUAACAAUUCAUUAUCAAUAUUUCAUGUGAUCAUGUAUGUUAUUAUUAUUAACUAGUACUACCAAUCAUAUCUUCUUUUUUUUUU